UCAUCUUGUGCCAUCAGCUGCCAUCGUGGACAUAGCCUCUCGCGACGUUGUGCUACCGGCCAAGGUACUGUAUACUUUAGUGUCUGUUAUUUUCUGAUCUGUCUGACGACAAUCAUUGAUUACACGACACAAAGUUGACCCCGGCAAUCACUGCUAGUCAACAGCAAGCUGCUUAUUGUUUUUGCGUAAAACAUCCGUCAGUAGCCUUCUGGCUUGCUGGUAUCCGUAAAGCAACUGAUGGAUGAUGGGGCUUCUCAGAAACCAUGAGUUCAACGAGCCCAGCCUCUUUUCUUGACGAUGAUUCCCAGAGAGAGCUGGACGACCUUAAUAAACGAAUUAACGCCCUACAAGAGAGGAAGCACGCCCUAACGUUUGAAGCCUUUCAAGUCCACACCACCAUACGCACUCUUCAAAGUCGUGCUGCUCAUAUUACGAACAAGACUGCUCCUGUAUCUCGUCUUCCAUCAGACGUACUUGCCAUCAUCUUCGAGGAGAGCCGGCGACCACUCAUACCUUGGAGUAAUAUAGUAAAGCGCCCACUCUCUCCCGAGGUGCAGUUAUCCCACGUUUCAUCUAGAUGGCGGGAAGUAGCACUUUCAACCCCUGCUUUGUGGACAACCAUCAGGUUCCCGAUUUUGCACAAAGAGGCUGCUGCUAUGGCAUAUCUCCAGCGGUGCAAUCAAGCGCCCCUCCAUGUUCACAUAGGCCCGAGAAUUUCUGAUCCAGAUUCUCUGCGCUUUAUUGCCGCGCAAUUUGUAUCCCGACUGAAUCAGAUUCGUGAGCUCACUUUCGACACCGACGAGCGCCAGGAACUUUGUGCAUUGUUUCCCUUGUUUGCAGACGUACCUGCUUCGACCCUAAGAAGACUGAAGAUCUGUUGCAAUGAUACUCGGGGCGCUUCUGGUGUUGUUCCCCGUCUCGAUAUUUUCAAAGCAGGAGCACCACUCUUGUCUGACAUACGCCUUAGCGCCCUUACAGUCGGACUGCCCCAGUGUUCUGCAACCACCCUGCAUCUUGAACCGCAACCUGGACCCGGAAAUCCUUUGUCCAGACUCGCUUUCCUCGAUAUUCUUGCUCCCCUAUCAGCUACCCUUACCAUCCUACAUUUGAAAGGGUUCAUUAGCGGAUUUCACCAGGAGCCUGGUAGCGCGCCUGUUGAACUGCCUGCCCUAAAGGAGUUAUUAGUAUACGGCAAUACCCUGAACCACGGAUUCAACGUUUUCCGCAACAUCUCCACUCCUGCCAUUACAACCUUGUCCCUUAUCAAUGUUAGACGACAGGGCUUGUCUUCAAUCCACAAAUUUAUUACCAGGACAUCUCCAGAGCACUUCCAACAUCUCCGCACAUUACGAUACAUAAACUGCGAUAUUGACGAUGAUCUCGACGUUUACCUGCCCCACGCAACAUCUGCUCUCACUGAACUUGCUGUGUCUGUCAAGCAUCACACUCAUCUCUUGCGACUUCUGCUGAACAGCGAUAGACAAGCUGCCCUUCAUGGGGUCCCUCCAUUGUGGCGCAAUCUCCAUACUUUGACUCUUCACGUUUCCAAGCCUUUGGACCGAGAAAGAGAGGAUGUGGACUCCGACGAAGAAGAUGACCCGCCCCCAACGAUGGGACUACUAUUGGAGGUAGUGCAGGAGAGGAGAGCGGUGGGCAGGCCUCUUGACCUUCUCCGGAUCGAGGGCCCGCACGCUCGUUCAUUCUAUGAGGAGUUUACAACUCUCCUCGUGAAAACACACGAAGAACUUCACACCGAACUCUUUUCGGCAUCUUUGCCUUCUUCAGUCGACGUUCAGGAUUCAGAAAUGGAUUGGGCGUUUGUUGCUUACUACAUUGGAAACCAAUAUCGUCUUUUCAUGUUCAAGAAGCAUCAACAGUUUGCUCCCCACGGUACUCCAGCUAUCCAUCCGGGGCUUCCAGUCAUGGCAUACCCUUCAACACAUGCACAGGUUCCAUAGAAAGAUUUUUUUCAUUCUAAACGGGACUUGAUCCUCAGCUUUGUUGCUCGUUAUCUGUAAUUUACUGUACUUCGACAUGAUUUCACAUACCUAGGGCAACGGUCAUAUAAAAGCACAGCCA